UCACGUUUAGAUGCGUUUAAUUAUACGUUUUCAAUUUAACCGGGGCCCAUACAUCUUGGGUUCAUUGGGCUCGGUGGUUUGGUAGUCAACGCAAUAGGCCCAAUUUCUCCAAACCCAAAAUUGUUUUAACGGUUAUGGUUUUAGCCCGCCACAUCCGACCCGAACCGACCCCUGCACUUCUCUCUCUCUCCAACUGUAUUUAACAGACUUGGCGAAAUCUAUACCCGCCAAAACAAUGGCGGGAGGAUUGUGUUACAGUUGCACUGCAAGUGUACGGCUUCCUAUGCUCUUGCAGUCCAAGACAAUCCGUGGCACCCGAUGCUCCUCAGCCGCACCGGAUAACAACAAUCACAAGAGAGACACCCCACAGGUUUUGAAAAUCGCUGUGAGCGGCGUCACUGAGCUUCUCAGGCUUCUCUCUUCCUUCAACAAAACAACCAGACUGAAUGGAGUGAGUGACAAAGGGAGAGAUGAGUUUUCAGUUUCGGGCAUUGAUGAAGUUUUAAUGAUUCUCAAAUCUGAUUACGAGAAUGCGUAUUUUGUUACAGGGAUUUUCACUUCUGCAAUCUACGCUGAAGAUUGUAUCUUUGAAGAUCCAACUAUCAGAUUUCGAGGUAAGGAGUUGUAUUCUCGCAACUUGAAAUUGCUUGUUCCUUUCUUUGAAUCUCCAUCAAUUGGAUUAGAAAAGAUCGAGAAGGGUAUCAAUUCUGAAGCAAGUUUUGUGCUAGCAACAUGGAAACUCAGGACCUACCUGAAACUUCCGUGGAGGCCUCUCAUUAGCAUUGAUGGAAGCACGGUCUAUGACUUAGAUGAUAAGUUUAAAAUUGUAAGGCAUGCUGAGAGUUGGAAUGUCUCUGCAAUUGAGGCAAUUGGCCAGCUGUUCACGCCUAGUUAUGGAAGGUCCAACGAAUGAAUAUCGCAAGUCUUAGAAAUCUGAAGGAGCUUCAGGUUCAUUUUACAUUUGUUAGUGUUUCCUUCCAUUGCUAGAAUUAGACCUUACUUUUAGCAUAUUGUUUUUGGUAUUUCUUUGACUUGUGUACCAUUACCCUUUGUCCUUUGUAUAUAUAUAUAUAUAUAUAUAUAUAUAUAUAUAUAUGUAUAUAUAUAUUUUAGGACUUUUCUAAUUGAGAGGAGCGAUAAUAUAUUAAACUCACACACACAAUAAGGAUGCUAUGACUCAAACUCAUGACCUUGCAUACGGGAGCAAUUAAUCCAAACUACUAUACUAGUGGGUCUUUUGCUUUGUGCUGUGUAUAUGGCUUUGAAGUUUAUGGUUGCAUUUUAUUUACGUUAGCCAAAAUUCUGUCUAAUUCUGUAAAGACCUUCCAA